GCGAUCAAACAGCCGUAUUCUCAGCAUAUCGCACCCCUCUGCAGUGUUCACGAGUUCCCGGACCUCGAGUAGUGCGUCCUCCGAGCACGCUCGUCUUGUGGAGAGCGACGGGGAAGGAGACGAUAAUGAAGUGAUUUUAUUGGAUGCCCGAGCAAGCAUACAAUGUGAGAAGAGACACCACGCCGAUGACGAGGUCACCACCCAGGGUACGAUAAAUGGAGAAGAUCAACGAGGCGAAUGUCCCCAAAAAGUGGCUAUAAAAGCGCUAGCGCGUAGUCCACGUCACCAGGUUCAAACUGUACCCGAAGCAGAAAGCUCCAGAUGUAGGACGUACGACCCUAUCGCUUCCACAGAGGCUUCUUUAAGGCAUAGCUUCACUUCAGGGGAUCAGCCUCUACAAGAGCAUACACGUUCAGAGUCAAUAGAAACUUAUGACGACCUUCGUUCGUAUGGUUUUUCACACCGCACUUGGUUUGAAAGGCGAAGUGGUCGCUUGUGCUUACUGAUCAGUAUUGUCUUUAUCUUUGUGGCCGCUAUCGUCGCACCUGUUAUCACCAUCCUCCAGAGCCUUAAGCCGACGCCUACCACUCCAGUACCGCAGCCGCCGUGGCUUCCGUGGCGCAAUCGCACGGACGACAAUACGUUCCCCCGCAUAUUGCUGUGGAACACGCUCGGGCAUCGAGAGCAUUUACUAGCGCAGCGGAUCAGCUCCGAAGCUGACGACUGGAAUAUCACCAUGCAGUGCGAGUCCUACGGAGACGAUGAGUGUGAAAUCACGAACAACCGGCACCUCCUGGAGAGAAGUGACGCCAUCGUGUUUUUUGCCGAGAGCUUGAACCUGCACGACAUGCCUGGCAGUCGCACGGCUCCGCAGAUGUGGGUCUUCUGGGCCAGGAGCCAUCUGCCCCCGAUGUACCCUGCGGAGAGGCACUUGAAUUCGUCCCUCUCCCUGCCGCAAGUAGCGCACUUGUUCAACUGGACCACCGGCCAUCGCGAUGACUCGGACGUGGUGAUCCCGUACGGCGACUUUCAUUGCGACUCUUCUAUCGGCAGACGUCAUUCUCGCCGUUCUAGGCAGCAACCGCGAAAGGAGGUGGCGUGGCUUGUGGACGACUGCGAGUUGAACCGAUUCAAAACAGAAGCUUCCGGUGCUUCAGGCUACGAUGGCGGCGUCGUCCACAUCCGCCUUUUUCCAGGCUGUGGAGCGUCUGACUGCGGCACUCCGUCCGAGUGCGUCCGCUACAUCGCCCGGCGCUACCGUUUCAUCGUGGUUUCUCUAGAACCUGUCUGCUUUCCGAGUGCUGACGAGCUCAUUUACGAGUCCUUCAACUACGAUGUGGUACCUGUAGUUCUGACGCCACCUGGUGUAACACUGCCCCUGCCCGAGCAUUCAGUCGUGAGCUCUGCAGAGCUGUACGGUGAAGGAGAAUUGGCCAAGUAUCUGCGAAGCUUGCUUGAUGAUCGUCAGAAGUACGAGAGUUACUUCGAGUGGAAGGAGCACUGCUCGGUGGUUGUCGUUCGCGAUUUGCUUUGUCCUUUGUGCCACGCACUUCGAGAGAUGCCAGAGCCACGGCGACAGCAUCCGGACGUGCUAGAGUGGUGGACACGGCGCACUAACUGCCAAGCCGAGCCGCUAUUUGGCUUGGAAUCUGGGUUCGUUGAUGUGUUCUGAACCAAGAUAGCGACUGGUCGCAUUACGUUUAAGGCUGAGCCGUGAAAUCGAAUGCAGCGGAUAUUCAAUGAGCACCUUCUGGUCGUACUCAAUUUUCACUUUUCGAGCCUUUUGUAACUUAUCUGCGCUCGCCGUUGUACUUCCCUCACACUAUUUGAACAUGUGUUGUUAUAUUUGUGCGCAAUUUUAGCCGGAUAAUAAACUUUUACGAGUGGCUACUGUGCA